GAGAAACGGCUCAUCAUCGUAGUCGUCGUCAUCCACGGACGACGACGAAGGACGAGACGUGAAGAGUUUUGCAGCGAUGUCGAGAGAUUGUAGGACACGGUGCUUUGUCGCAAUGUCGGAAUGCCAUGUGAGUUUGAGAACUGUGCACAGUUGGGUUGCUUCGGAGUAGAAGGGCGAUUUUGUACAGCCCACUGGAAAGGCGUUGCGGGAAUGCUACGCAAUUGGGUUUUGAAACUCGCGCCUGAAUUUAGAAUUUCAAUGUUAGGGUUCAAGCAGAGCUUAACGACGCCGUCCUGUAGGCAUGGAGUUCGCACUCUGUUGAAGCGCAUCGAGAAAACUUUGCAGCUGUAUUCCACUUCCUUCUCCAUGUCGACGACUGCUGAGGGCACUACCGGUGCCUCGGGGAAGUCCAUGCCGACGAAGAAGCAGAUCAUCGAGAAGAAGCUUGCGGAAGCGUUGGCUCCAGCGCUCCUGGAGGUGGAGGAUGUCUCUUACCAGCAUGCUGGCCACGCUGGUGCCCCGAAAGGCUCCUCCGAAACGCAUUUCAAUGUGAAGGUUGUGUCUGAGCAGUUUCAAGGGCGGAAUCUGCUAAAACGGCAUCGCCUCGUGUAUGACUUGCUACGCGAUGAGCUCCAGGAGGGCGGAGUUCAUGCUCUUUCUCUCAACACUAAAACACCAGCUGAGGUCGGUCCCAAGCCCUAGUGUUAAUGCAUCUGCUCCUCCCUUGUUGCCGAACAGAGGAAUUAGGGUUUUCUUUUUGCACUUCAAUUAAGUGCAAUCAGCCUUUCUUGUGCAAUUUAAUCCAGCAUUCGUAUCGUAAUGUAUUCGUCCAGCUGUUGUCGCCAUCUGCCAUAACUGAUUUGUGGGUUUGUUUCC